GUCACAAACGACAUCCCAUCUUAUGGCCAGAAAAGAAAAGUAAACAGUGUAAAAGCAGGCAGGCAUAUGGGUCUUCAUCCAACGCAUGAAUCUACUUACUGCUUCUAAUUAUAAUUAAUUUCCUCAAACAAAUUCCAUGAAUUAUUAUUAUUAGUUAUUACUGCCAUUGCCAAGAAGAUAAAAAGAAAAAUAAAACAAAAACAAAAAUACUACAGAAAAGCUUGCUGAGAAGCAAAGAAGAAAGCUUCUUCUCCUUACCAAAUCAAUCCAGUUGUUCCCUGCUCUGCUCUGCUCUCAACUUUCACCUUUCCCUCCUCGCAAUCCAUCUUUCACGUGCUUCUUGUCUGCGUUCCUGUAUACCCCACCCCACCCCACCCCACCCAUGAAUUUAUGUUAAUUGUAUUCAUUUUUCUAGGUUGAGUUGAUCUACCGAUCUCUACAUUUCUUGAUCUACUCAAAUGCGGGCAGAUCCGGGUUUGGGUUUCCACUUCCUAGCUCCGGAAUUCUCUGAAUUUGAAGACUUUUUGGUGGGUUGCGAUCUCCCCAGUAGUGGAGUUGAAAACUUGAAGCCGUUUGUCUUUGCCGGCGGUAAGUCAAAGGGCACUGUUGAAUUCUAGAGACGACGCUUCUUUGCUUGAAGCUCAAGCCUUUCUCGUGAAUUCUGCAGUUGAAAAGUUUGAAUUUUGGCUUGAGGGUAGCUAGCUUGCUUGCUUUGUGUAGUGUAUGGUUAGGUUAGGGUUCAGAGAGCUUCAGGGCGUAAAGUAUUAGUUUUUAGUCGAAUUGUGAUUGGUUUGCACUUGAGUUCCACUGUUACUGCUUCGCAUUUCGCUACUGUGAUUUGGGUUUUAUUGGUAACUAUAUUGGGCAUUCUUUGGUAUGUUUAGUUGGGAAAUCUCUUAAUGGUUAAUUGUAAAGGAAACUUUGAGGAGCUUUGCAUUAUAUCAGAUUUGGCUGGUGAAGAAGUGGAAUAAGGGGUUAUAUGUUAGUGUUCUGGUUCUGCAUAUUCUCACUUUGAUGUGAAUGUGGAUUGCAUUAUUAUGUUCUUUGUCAAGGAAUUUUAGCUGGAUCCCAGUUCAUGAGGCACCUUAGAGGAAUUUUUUGAUUACCCGACUUAGAGUACUGAAAUGCCUCCUUCACCGGCAAUGAGACGUUCUCCUGGAAGGGAAUUGAAGACAGAAAAUCACAAGAGAGGCCGCAGUCUAGAAAGCGCGAUUGCUUUCAGGGAGAAGGAUGAUGACCUUGCUUUGUUCAAUGAGGUGCAAAGCCGAGAAAGAGAGAAUUUCUUGCUUGACACCAAGGAUGACUUUGAUGACAUAUGCUCAACUAAAUUUAGAUACUUUUCGGACUAUAAGCUUGGGAUAUCCAUUCCUGCUCGCGGAGAGAGCAGUGAGCUGCUUAAUGCCGAGGGGGACAAGAAUGAUUAUGACUGGUUAUUAACUCCACCCGAUACUCCUCUUUUUCCUUCCUUGGAUGAUGAGACACCACCAGUUAAUGUUGCACAGAGGGGAAGACCUCGAAGUCAACCAAUUUCAAUCUCCAGGUCAUCUACGAUGGAGAGGAGUUAUAGAAGUAGCAGAGGUAGUGCCAGCCCGAAUCGCCUAAGCCCUUCUCCUCGGUCUUGCAAUAAUACAAAUCAGACAAGAGGCAGGCCUUCUUCUCCUUCCCAUUCAAGUCCACCGCCAAGUUUGCGACAUGCUACUCCUACGAGGAGACCAUCUCCUUCACCCAAUAAGCUCUCAACACCUCCUCCAAGGUCUUCUACCCCAACUCCUAGAAGACUGAGCACAGGUUCUAGCGGUACUGCAUCUGCCACCAGGGUAAGGGGUACAUCCCCUGUUAAGACAAAUAGAGGAAACUCUGCAUCACCUAAGAUUAGGGCAUGGCAAUCCAAUAUCCCAGGAUUUUCCUUGGAGGCACCUCCUAACCUUCGUACUUCCUUGGCAGACCGACCAACAUCAUAUGUUAGGGGGUCCUCACCAGCUUCGAGAAAUGGAUCCAGGUCUGGCCGAAAGUCAAUGUCCCCAGCUAGAAGUGUUAGUUCAGCAUAUAGUCAUGAACGGGACCGAGUUAGCUUUUAUAGCAAAGGUUCAGUUGCAUCAUCUGGUGAUGAUGACACAGAAUCUCUACAAUCAAUUCCCAUCAGCAGUUCAGACCCUUCAGGUCCCAGAAGCUCUGGGACAUUCCAACACAAUAAAGCUCAGGGUUUAACCAAGAAGACAACUAGAGUAAUAUCUUCGAGUUCUGCUCCAAAGAGAUCCUUUGACUUGGCACUUCGACAAACGGAUCAGCGGAAAAGCCCGCAUAAUAUGUUCAGGCCUUUGUUAUCAAGUGUACCUAGUUCAACAUUCUAUUCAGGCAAAGCAAGUGCUGCACACCGUACCCUUGGAUCUCGACACUCUUCAGUCACAACCAGCAGUAAUGCUAGCUCUGAUCAAUGUAUGAGUAUUGCGCAUGACACUGAAGGAAGUGAGCUAAAUCAGGAGGAUAUGAAUAGUGAACGUGUACAGUCAUUGUAUCAUGAUGCGGAGGAAGUGUUUACCCUAGAUAGUGUUGAUGUGCUAGAUGAUCUUGGCAAGCAAAAUGAUGUGCCACCUAGUUGCCGGCUUGGUAAAGUAGAUGGUUCCAUUAUAGCUGAUUCUGAAUUGAUUGUUGCUGAAGAUUUCAGUCAACUGGAGAAAGAAAUGACAGUCGCUGCAACUUCUGAAGUAUUGAUUCAUGAAACUGUUGUGGCACAAGCUGAUGCGCUCGAGGUUCUGGUAAUUUGUUCCAAAUGCUACAAGAGUUACCCUUCGAGUAAAUCAAUUGAAGAGGAUCCCAAGCUCUGUCCAGACUGCAAAAGCUUGGAAGCACAACCGAGUUUGAGUUCCCCGUUAACUAAAAUGAUGGUCAGCACUGAUUCUCCCGGAGUUUAUACAGAUAUCAUAGAAUAUGGGCCAGUAGAUACUUAUGAGACAUCUGAACUUUCACCCAAAUUGUCAGAAGUAACAUGCAAGGGUGAAUUGAAGGCUGGUCACCAUGAAGAGGUUUAUAGUUACUGCGAGAAUCUCUGCAAUGAGACCAGCUGGGACUUGAUUUCAAAUAAGUCCAUUGAUCAGAUGCAUGCAGAAGGAGGCGAGCACUCUCUUGUCACACACCAAGUGAAUAGUCGCUCGACCAUUUGUGCAUCUGAUGGUGAUGCUGGCUAUCAACAACUGCAGCCCCUCACUGACCACCCUAAUGUGAUUGUUGAUGUCCCAGAGGGUGCAGGUAUUUCUUUGCUGCUGAAGAGGUCUGGUAGUGGCAAAGGCCAUAUUGUUCAAAACAGGACACUCAGUGCCACUAGCAUUGCUUAUGAUGAUCUAUCCUACGUACGUGACAGUGUAAGCAGCAUGAGAAGCUCCAUUGGGCAUGGUAGUGCAUCUGCCUCAUCUUCGGUUGAUUUUGGCUCAACUAGACAAAUAGAGGCUCGUAUUCAGCGGCAGUCCAGUGGGAGAAAGCCAGACAUAGAAAGUUAUCGGAAUGAGACCUAUACAAAACUCCAACGCUCGAUCUCAUCUUUGUCUGCUACUUCAAGUCAAGCACAUCAACCUUUGAGUCUUACAACAAGUUCUCAAGAGGAGGUUGAGGUAUCUGCUUCCCAAAUGGAAAAAAAUAAUGAGGUUAAAAAUGUAGAUCCAGAAGAAUCAUCAUUGAGUUUGGAAAAUGCAGAAGUGAACUUAUGCACUGAAAAUAAGAGUGAAAGUAUUUGUAGAAUUUCCUCAAAUCCAACAAGUCAUACAGAUGAAGCUUCAGCUGCAAACUUUGAGUGUACUUUAUCCGAGAGUGGUGACAACAUAACAAACUCGGAUAAUUCCUCAGACAUUAAUCCUUCUUGCAUGCUACCUGUUUCAUCAGAUGUUAAGGAAGAUGUGCCAAAUUCUUGUGUUGUCAAUUUGCAUGUGACAGAAAUUUGCGAGCAGGACUGUAUGGAUGCAAAAUGUGGAACAGAAAUUGAGAAAGAUAAUAUAAGUUCUCAUCAUUUGCAAUCUGAUGGCAGUUCAAGGGACAGUGCAGAUGAAGUAAAGAACUUUGCUUUACAUACAGCAACUGACAAUGAUAUUACAGAUCCUGUUGAAGUAGAAGACUCAUCCAAUCAUGAAUAUGAGGAAUCAACUGUGGUGGUUGAGGGACAAGCUGGAGUCAAGACAAGAAGCCUGACAUUAGAAGAAGCAACAGAUACAAUACUGUUUUGCAGCUCGAUUGUCCACAAUUUGGCAUAUAAGGCUGCAGAUAUAGCCAUUGGCAAGGAAAAUUCUAUUUUGAUGGAUGCUUCCCGACCAAUGCUGACUGUUGUCGGCAAAGCUAGUCCAGAUAGAAGGGAUCUGUGGAGUAGAACCACAGCCAGGCGCAACUCUAGAUCUUCUCAAAAAGUUAAACAAAAGUUGAUGGAUUCUGAAUCAAAACCGCUUCCAAGCAACACAGACAGCGAUGAGAAAACCCAGAAACCAAUGGCUCGUAUUGUUGGGUCUCCUAGUAAGGGCGACAGCAUGAAGCCUCCUCCGAAACUGGAAUCAAAAUGCAACUGCACAAUCAUGUGAGUCUGCCUUUCCACGUUAAUCCAGCUAAUAUGCAGGAAAAUUGCCUUGGUGCUGGGCAUAAUUUGAUAUGGACGGACGGUAUUUGGAUAUUUUCCUAUUGCUUUUUUGUUGGUUCCAAUUGAAUUUUAAAGGUGAUUUAGUAACAUAAUCAUUGUAAAGUUUUUAAUUCUUGUUAGGCUGAUAAUAGCAAGGCAUUGGAGGUUCUUGAAUUGAAUGCCCCAUUGCCUAUAUUCUUGUUACAUCACUUGUAUGUGGCUUGUAGUUUUCCACUAGAGAGCAAGUGUGAAUUCUUUAUUUUUCUUGUUGCACUUUCAUGCUAUAAUGAAUUCCUUAGUAGAUUUUCUCCUCUU